AUGCAUAUCGCCCCUCUGACACUCACAGCGCAGCUGUGCUACCUCAUUGGUGGCACUGUGCUGUGCGUCUUCUUUACGGUCUUUGGCUAUCUGGUGUGGCGGACGCAGGGCUAUUACCAACUGACCCCUGAGGGGCAACGACGCAGCGCCGGCUUUACGCCGAACGGUAUCGCCGGCAUCACGAGCUUCUUCACGUUUGCCGGCCUCGCUGUGGUGCUUCUCAUCGAGACGACGCUCUUCUACGUGCGCUACGCCUUCCACCCAUCCCACAAGGGCCGCUACUGGACGAUGCACCGGUAUGCCUCCGUGAUUCUUCAGGCUGCUCUGGGUAUCCUCUACGUCGCUACUGGUGUGGCGCUCCUCGUCAAGUGGGGCGGCAAUGCUGCAAGGUGCGCCUUCAUGUUUUGCUUGGGAGUCGACAAGUACCCGGCAACGCCUCUAACGCGCGGGGCCAACUUCAGCUCCCUCCUCUCCGUGAUCAUCUUCUUCGUCCUGGUGCCGACAGGGCUGGUGCUGCUGUACCGCGUCUUCACUACGGUCAUGCUACAGCGGGCCGCGAAGGCGGUGCGCGAGCGUGACGCGGCGAGCGUGGCAGCCGGCGCGCGAGUGUCCAGCAGCACUUCCGACCAGUCUACUGGAGAAGGGAAGACAUCGCCGGAAAGGGUUGGUGAUGCAAUUGCUGCGGUGGCGACGGAGGCGAACCCAAUGGCGAAGCCGGUGAGCAUGCGGCCAUUUCAGGCGAAGUCGAGGGUGAAGCAGGUGUGCCGCCUUGUCGGCGUGCUGAUUGGUAUCCUGGUGUGCGCCAUCCUCUCCUUCUGGCUGCCAAACGACUCGCGCCGCUUCAACUCCAACAGUAUUGCCUCCUUCGCUCGCAAUAGCAUCUCGCGCGAGAGACGCACCACUGACACGACUGUGCCGGAGAUGCCGGACGCGUGGUUCCGUACCGGCCAGAUCCGCGUCUCUGAUGACCUGACGCUGAAGCUGUUCCCGGGCAACGUCUUCUUCUACGCGUACCUGCUGAUGACGGCAAUCGUUGUGUUGGUGCUGCGGCUGACGCAGCGCGGGCGGCACUGGAUGCAGCGCCGCAUCCUGCUGUGCGCGUGCUUCACAUAUGGUGAGGCCGCCUUUGUCGCCGCCACGGCGCUGCUCUCGGUCAUGUUCUUCAUCUAUUGGCUGCAUGACCACAACUACAAGCAGACCUGGACUGUGACAGCGAAUGAGAGUGCACAGAUCGAGGCGCCGGAGCGGUGGGGCCGCGGACUGGGCCAGCUGGCCAUCCUUUUCCUUUCGCUGCUGCUGCUGCCGGUGGGCCGUCAGUCGGUGGUGGUCAGCGUGCUUGGCGUGUCGCGGGAUGGCAUGCUGUGGUUCCACCGCGCUGUCGGCUACGCCAUGCUGGCGGCCACGGUCGGUCAUAUUGUGGCCUUCUACGUGUCCUACGCCAGUUUUGGGUAUCUGAUGCAGAACCUGAACACUGUCACCAACCGCGUGUGCAAGAAGGGUGUUUUCGACGACUACAGCGUUUUGGUCGUGACGUGGACAACAUGGUUCCUGCUGAUCGCCAUGGGCAUCUUCGCCUUCAAUCUGGUGCGCCGCCGCCACUACGAGCUGUUCUACUACACGCACCUCGCCGCGACGUACAUGACGCUACCCGCCAUGGUUUUCCACGCCUCUGCUGGCUGGAUGUACAUGCUCCCUGGCAUGACGGUGUUCCUGUCUGACCAGCUGGUGCGACUGUGGCAGCGGUCCGCCGUGGUUCGCGUCGUGCGCGCGCGCGUGAUCAGCGAUGACACGAUAGAGCUCGCCUUCUCUAUGCCCGGGCGAUGGGACAUGCGGCGCGUGCACCCGGGGCAGUACGUGCUGGUGUGUGUGCCAGAGCUGACGGCGCUGCAGUGGCACCCCUUCACGCUGACCAACGUCGUGGACGAGGAGUCGGUUACCGUCGGAAGCUCGAAGGUGAGCGCGACAGGGACUGUGUUCUACUUACACGUCAAGUCGAUGGGGCCGAAGACGUGGACGGGGCGGCUGUACGACCUAGUGAGCCGCGGCGAAGAGAUCACAAUGGCUGUGGAGGGGCCUUGUGGAACGCCGGUGGACUACCGCCACUAUGACCACAUUGUUCUGGUUGCCGGCGGCAUCGGCGCGACGCCGUGCGUAUCGAUCCUCGGGUCGCUGCUGCGUCAGUGCCACGCUCUCGGCCACAGUGGCGCUAGCCCGCGGGUGGAUCUAAUUUGGUCUACUCGCUCUGCGCGUCACGUGAAGGCUAUAGCAGACAUGCUGCAGAUGCCGAUGCGGUACGGCAACGUGCUUUGUCAACCUGAGACCCGUACGGCGCUGCUGAAGAAGAUCGACACGUAUGCGGCACCCGAGGACAUCACCAAAGAUGUGAGGCUGAAUGCCGAGAUCAGUCAGCCGGCCAACCGUCUGGAGCAGGACGAGCCGCUAGAUGGGGAACUCGGUGUGGUGAGCGAGGGUGUCCGCAAUGCUGACGACGCAGUGGAUAACUUUUUUCUCGACGUCUAUGUCACUCGUGUGACGGAGCUGCAGCAGUUUUUCAACGGUGAUGCGUGCCUGGGCGAUCAAUGCUCACCAAAGUCCUUCUCUCUCUCGCCAAGGAAAGGCGUUGUGGAGUUGGAUGGCGAACCGGGUAGUUGCGCGGAGGUUAUUGGGAGCACCGAAAAUGCUUUCUACAGCGCCCUUUCUUGGGAGCAGAAGACAGCAGCGGCGGCGACACCCGGCCCGGACAGCAAGGCCGACGACGAAGGGGAAGCGGAGGAGGAGAUGGUGUUCUCUAUUGCGUCUAUGGGCAGUGAAAGGGAAGACGUUGAUCCGACCAGCGCCGAGGACUGUGAGGAUCGCAUCGAAGGCGCCUCGGAGUCAACUGCGCAUAAAAAGGAGCGGAAGGUUGUUGGCGAUACUGCAUCUACUACCGAUGAGGAAGGUGCCUUGGUGCCAAAUGGGCUUUCCAAGUCCGCGCCGAGCUCUGCUACGAAGUCGAGUGAGGGCUUGCAUGACAGCGACGGCAGCGGCAGCGGGUGUGUGGCGCUGAAGUUGCACCUGGGGCGCCCCGAUGUCGAUCGCCUCAUCCGCGAGGCACUCAAGCGGCCUGGAUCUGGUGUCCCGAAAUCCUCGAGGCUGGACCGGGCGCGCACGUUGUUGUUUGUGUGCGGUCCGAACUCGCUCGUUCGCCAGGUCACUUCCUCAGGGGCGCAGCUCGGUGUGGCGGUGCACCAAGAAGAAUUCUGCUUCUAG